GACCUGCCGUUGGCACAAUCGCACAGUGUUCUCCAGGUGAGCAGGAAGCCUCGGGCCAGCCCCGGAACUCUUCAUCAGCUCCUUGGUCUUGCUUUGAGCGUGUCAGCUGACAGCGGCUUUAUUUCUGAUGUCAUUUCUCAGAAGAAAGGAGUGCCUGUUUCGCAGUUCUGAGGCCCACCUGAGCGGGAAAGAGAAGCCUGCCCUUGCUCCGCCCGUCUUUGUGUUUCAAAAGGAUAAAGGACAAAAGUCCUCUGCAGAGCAAAAAGACUUGUCGGAUUCGGGAGAGGAGCCUCGGGGGGAGGCUGAGCCCCCCCCCCACGGCACGGGUCACCCCGCGUCAGCUGGUGAGCGUGCCCUAGAGCCUCCUGCCCCCACUAGCACUUCCGCCAGCACUCCUCCGCCUCCCGCUCCUGAAGCCCGGCUUCCUCCUUUGCCGCGAGAACUGGCAGGGAGGUCAGCUGGCGGCUCCAGUCCCGAAGGGGGAGAAGAUUCUGACCGGGAAGAUGGCAACUACUGCCCUCCUGUCAAGCGAGAAAGAACGUCCUCACUGACCCAGCUCCCCGCCUCACAGCCAGAGGAAAAGAGCAGCGGGUUCCGGUUGAAGCCACCGACGCUGAUCCACGGCCAGGCGCCCAGUGCAGGUCUUCCCAGCCAGAAGCCCAAGGAGCAGCAGCGGAGUGUGCUCCGCCCGGCAGUCCUCCAGGCCCCACAGCCGAAGGCCCUGCCACAGACUGUCCCAAGUAGCGGCACCAAUGGGGUCAGCAUCCUAGCAGACUGCACCGGAGCGGCAGCAGCCUCCCCCGACAGCCCCGCCCGGAGGAGCCCCUCGGAAUGCGCACUGGAGGAGAAGGAGUCCCAGAGAAGUGAGGCCAGCAGGACUCCGGACAAGGAGAGCUGUGAGAAGCGGGAGCAGGCUGCUCAGCAAGCGUUCGUGUUUGGGCAGAACCUGCGGGACAGAGUGAAGCUGGUGAACGAGAGCAUCGACAUAGCCAACGUGGAGAACGCCGGGCAGCCCAGCUCAGACACGCCGGCCGCAACCAACUACUUCCUUCAGUAUAUCAGCUCCAGUGUAGAGAACUCGACCAACAGUGCCGACUGCUCCAGCAACAAAUUUGUGUUUGGCCAGAACAUGAGCGAACGUGUCUUGAGUCCCCCAAAACUCAGUGAGGUCAGCUCCGAGGCCAGCAGGGAACACACUGCUGCCGAGUCUGGGUCCGAGCCCUCGUCCCAGGAGGCAACCCCCGAGAAAGUCAAUGACAUUUCAGAGUCCCUGGCCGAGUCGGCAGCGGCCUACACCAAGGCCACGGCGCGGAAGUGUUUGUUGGAAAAAGUGGAAGUCAUCACCGGGGAGGAGGCGGAGAGCAACGUGCUACAGAUCCAGUGUAAGCUGUUUGUCUUCGACAAGACCUCGCAGUCGUGGGUGGAGAGAGGCCGGGGACUGCUCAGGCUCAACGACAUGGCGUCGGCUGAUGAUGGGACGCUCCAGUCCCGACUGGUCAUGCGGACCCAGGGCAGCCUGCGGCUGAUCCUCAACACCAAGCUGUGGGCCCAGAUGCAGAUCGACAAGGCCAGCGAGAAGAGCGUCCGCAUCACGGCCAUGGACACCGAGGACCAGGGCGUCAAGGUCUUCCUGAUCUCGGCCAGCUCCAAGGACACAGGCCAGCUGUAUGCGGCCCUGCACCACCGCGUCCUGGCCCUGCGCAGCCGAGUGGAGCAGGAGCAGGAGGCCAGGGCGCCUGCCCCCGAGCCGGGGGCCGCCCCCGCCCACGAGGACGACAGCGACGAGGACGGCGCCGGCGACGAAGGCCAGGGCCAGACGACCGGGAGCACAUAGCGGCCGGGAGUGCUCCGUGCGCAAGGCUGCUGCUGUGGCCGUCUGUCCGCCGGCCGCCCUCCCCGCAAGCAGCACGCCAGGCGGUGGAGCUGCGCGUCCCGGUCCCAGCAGACUCGGGAGCUGCCUGACUGUGGUUGGGGACGUGAGCCCUCAUCAUAUUGAUGAGCAAACAAAAGAGCCUCCCUGAAUUGAAACGGCACAUUAGACUCGCACGGCUUCUCUCUGGGCGGGGCCGCCUCCUUCCUCCCCCGCCGCCGGGGGCGGGCCUGGGGAGCGGCCGCGCGCUCUGUGCACAGGAGUGUCCACACUGGGCCUGGUGGACGUUUCGUUACUACUAUCUUUAUUUCCCGUUCCCAUCUUCUGAUUUGGGGUUUAUAUUUUACAGAUCUUACGUUUUUUUAUUUUCAAAGGCUUUGUUUUUGGUGUUUUGGAUGAAGAUGUUCUCGUGCGUGGGGCACACCCAGCUCCCUGACGUCCCUGUCCUCGUGUGGGGGCGGGGCUCUGGGGCUCACGCGGGCCCCACCCAGGCUUCUCCAGGCUGCGUCACAGGGUGCUGAGGGCUUGGGCGUGCGUCUGGCCUUGGCCUAGACAGUGCCCACGGGGCCCCGCCCCCUCCCCCAACCCCGGCGUCAGGCACUGGGGCCCUGCCCGGCCCUGGACGUCACGGCUCCCGAGCCUUUCUGGUGCUGGGGGCCUCUUGAGAGGCAGAGGACCCCAGCCAGGCCUUCCUGGGUGGGGGGGCCUGGCCGCAGACAACAGGCCACCCCACGGACACAGCACACUGGGGAGGCAGAGGAGGUGCCCAGGCGUGGGAGUCAGGAGGUCUCCCACCCUCACUGCCCCAGCCCCCAGCAAGCCUGAGCCAGGGCCACGGCAGCCGCCCCCCGGAGGUCAGCCCCGUUUCUCUGCUAGUGACAAGCAGACGGUGCCCAUGUGUCGGAAACAUUUAUGUAAGGUUGCAGGUGCAAUGUGUUUGGGAACUGCAUUAAACGCGUCACUACACCCUGGCCUCCCGCGUGCCCCAGGGGCGGCCCGGGCCGCCUCCAGGCAGAGCGUCAGGAGCAGGGAAAGGGCACGCAGGGGCGCCCCUCUCCCUGGGGUCCUGUUCCAGCUCCCCUGGUGGCCCAGCAGGAGGCCUGGUCCUGCCGGC